GCUUUGCCGGUCGGGAGAGGUAGGGAGGGAGGAGGGGGUGGCCAGAGGUCGGACUCGUGCUGAUUGACUGUCUGAUGGCUCCUCGGUUGUAGUAGUCUGACUUGCUGUGGAAAAGAAUACUUUGACAACAUUAGAAAGCAGUAACAGCAAGUCUGUACAGUGCGUGCCCAUUUGGCCUUAUUUUCGCCAUUUGUUUUUAAGUUUUGCGCGCCGGUUUCAGGAAUUCCUGCCUUUUUAACACAUCAGCUUAAGCAGCGCCCCCUCCCCCUCCUCUUCGACCGCGCGCAGGAAAACGAGGAGGCAGCCGUGCGCGAUCGAAGGUCUGUGGAGAGCGGCGGCAGCUGCGACGGAGUGCGUUUGCGGUCGAUGAGUUCGGAGCAAGGCGGUGGCGAUCUAGGUGGGGUUGUAGCGGCGGUGGUGGCGGGCGCUCUUGGUCCCCCGACAACUGACAGAGAAAGUCCUUACAGAGGAGGCGGUAGUAACGACACCUGCAGCAGCAUGGUAACAUCUAAAGGCACAAGCUUGAACCCCAAUGCUAAGGUGUGGCAAGAAAUUCCGCCUGGAAGCACAGAGAUUAUUCCGUCUGGGUCUGAAAACUCGUGGCAGGAAGAUUCCCCAGUCUUGGGGACUUCUGAAGGCCUUUCCGAAUCAACUGGCUGUAAGCAGUGUGAUGUAAUGUUUCCUUCACCUACACCUGUGCCUGCAGGCAGUGCGGCAUCUGUAGAGAACACCAUAGUUAAUGGAAUGGACUCUGCACCUGUUGAACUUGGUUUCAUUUAUGAACACAAUCGGGUUUCUGAGAGAACUUGUCUAAAGAUCUUUAUUUAAUGUCCCAGAUGGACAGUGACCAGUUUGUUCCCAUUUGGACAAUAGCCAACAUGGAGGGAAUUAAGAAAUUAACUACAGAUAUGGACCUUAUUCUUGAUGUUCUUCGAACAUCCCCUAUGGUACAGGUUGAUGAAAAAGGGGAGAAGGUGAGGCCUAACCACAAGCGAUGUAUAAUAAUACUGCGAGAGGUUCCGGAAACUACACCUGUUGAGGAAGUGAAGUCCUUGUUUAAAAAUGAGAACUGUCCAAAAGUGAUAGCCUGUGAAUUUGCACACAACAACAACUGGUACAUCACAUUCCAGUCUGACACUGAUGCACAGCAGGCUUACAGAUAUUUAAGAGAAGAAGUAAAAACAUUUCAGGGGAAACCAAUUAUGGCACGAAUAAAAGCCAUCAACACUUUCUUUGCAAAGAAUGGUUACCGUGUACUGGAUUCUAGUGUAUAUCCUCAGGCACAAACACAGACCCAGUUUCCUUCUCAUUUGUUUAUGCAGCCUGUUUACAGUCCUCAGCAGCAGUAUCCUCUAUUUAGCAUAGUGCCUCAAGCGUGGUCUCCCAGCCCCACACCAUAUUUUGAAACACCACUGGCCCCAUUUCCUAAUGGUGGAUUUGUGAAUGGAUUUAGUUCCCCUGGAUCAUUUAAAUCACCUCUAAGCUUAGGCCGGCAGUUUCACAGAAACCGGAACCAUGUAAAACCACAUCCUCGUUCGUCCACUACAGAUCGCUCAUCGGACUCUUGUUUAGUCAACUCUUCACCCCUAAGUGAUAGUGGAUCAAAUACAAGAAGUCCUCAAACACAAAGGCAUACAGGCCCAGUAAUAGGGCAUCAAGAACCUGCUAGUUCUUACACUUCAAAGGAAUCACAAAUGGAACAAAAUGGCGAUAGCACAAUAGCUAGUAGGGGCAGAAGAAAUACUUACAGAGGUGGUAGGCGGCGGCGAGAUGAAGAGAGAAAUGCUAGACCUCUGCCUUCAAGUGAAACAAAGAUUCAAGUGCCAAAAUUUGACCUUUUAGCCUCAAACUUCCCUCCUCUGCCUGGAAGUGUGGCAAGUACUCAAGGAGAGAUAGUCUUGGAAAACAGAAUGUCUGAUGUUGUAAAAGGCAUUGGUAAAGAUAAGGAAACUGGUAAAGAGCUGCCAUCAAAUACAGUGGUACAGGAGGAGAAUAUACAUGGCAUUGCAUUGCAGCCUACAAAAACUACAAAUCUGCAAAGUCUUGUAGAUGUUCCUGUGAUAAGCACAGUGCAGCUGGAGAAGCCAGCAGACGUCUUGGUUCAAAAGGAAAGCUAUUUACCUGUGUCGAUGCCUGUAACUUUCCAGUUGGGCACCUCUAAGCCACAAAGGACAAGUGGUAGUAAUUGUACAAGUACAGCCAUCCCCAUUAUUAACACAUCUGUUGCACCGGAGCCUCGCAAACUUAGUUAUGCAGAAGUUUGCCAGAAGCCACCUAAGGACCCUCCUCCCAUUGUUGUCCAGCCACUAAGAGAGCUACGCACAAAUAUAGCUCCUUCUGCUAAAGUUGAGGAAAAUGCAUCUCCUGAAAAAACUCCGGAUAAAUCUUUUGAGAAGUCAGAAGCUAGGCCAAAGGAUUCUUCUGCAUAUAGAGGAAGUGGAAGUCCAAGAGGAGGGGCUAGCAAAAUAAAGGAGCAGAGACGCCAGUUUGGACGAAGAACUUCACCUCAGGGACCUAGUCGGCGAAAUGGCAAGGAGCAAAAUGCACCUCCCAAAUCACCAAAGUAAAAAAAAAAAAAAAAAAUUAAGGAAAAACUUAAUGUAGCGCUUGUUUAUUUUUUCUGGGGCUUGUUCCUCGAGGACUGACAAGUAGCAGCAAGGAGCUUGUACCAGGCAAAAGAAGAAAAAAAACUUGAUUGAGGGGACAAAAAACUGUAACAUAAUGUAUAGAAAUAAACUGUGGGAAUCUAAAAGCAUCCCAGUAAGAUGAUUUAAAAAAUGCCAGAGGAUUCAGACAUUUUUGCGCUUGAUUUAAUUUUAUGUUGCAGAAGUUGCUCAUAAAUCAGGAAGAUUAAUUUGGAGCCAUGGGCUCUGUCUGAGAGUGCUCCUAUGGAUAUUCCUGCUCUUUGGAAUUUGAGUGCAGGGUAUUUGAGAAGAGAAUUUUUUUUCUUUUUGAACAUGAAAUUCUGUGAAAUUGGAGCAUUUUUUUUAAAUAUAUUUAAGAUAUAUAUUUUGGUAGGGGGUGAUGUAUGCACCGUUAUGGCCUCGGACUGCAGUGGCAGGUUCUUGUCCAGAUGUGCAGCCAUUAAUGUGCGUUUGGUCACGUAUGUGUUGUAAGCCACUAACAGUCAUGGCUUUGUACUUGCUAAAGCUGAAUGUACUGCUAUGUUAAUGAUGGAGUUGGUUGCUGUUUGCAGUUUAAUAACUUAAACCUUGAUUGAGCAGUGUUCCUCCUCCCCUUCCUCAAAAUAGUUUCCAGCCCCUGGCUUUUUUUUUUUUUUUUUUUUUUUUAGUAAUGUUUGCCAGGAUUUGCUAGAGUGUGACUAUUCAGUUACAGUCUGAUCGAUCGGCUGUUGUAUAAUAUUAGAGUUAAACAGUUGAUGGUCGUAUUGGGCAGAGAAUUAAAUAUAAAACAACUGUUCUCUGGUGUCCCUAGAUAGCUGACUGGGGAUGUUUUCCCCUACUGCCAUGAUUUUCAUAUUUUCUGGACAUUGCUAUGGUAGUGAUGACAUUGUCGUGCCAUCUUAUGAAUAGUCAUGGUUGAUUAACUGAAGUCAUUGAAUGUGAGCAUUGUGAAAGUGAGCAAUAGCUGCAAAAAGAAGUGCUGCAGAGACACUGUGACUGAAAUAGACAAAUAGUAGCAGGUACCAGAGGGGAAACUGGAAGACCUCUGCUGGUUUUUGUAAGCAGUUUCUUUUGUGUUUGGGGUUGAUAAUUUACUUGGCAUCACUGUGUAGGUAAAGCCCAGAUUAUUCUUACUACAGAGUUAUGGGGAGUGAUGCUGCAUACCAAUCUGAGUAGUCUGGGCACAAAAAAUGUUUUGCUUUAACGUAUUUGUUUUAGAAAUACCAUUUUAAUGUGAUGAUUCAGUUUUCUCAUAAAUGAUGCAGGCUCAGCUUGCAGAAUAUCUUUGAAGUCAUUCUUACAUGAUCACAUUUCACUCUCCCGGGUCUAUUUCAAGUGACCCUUUAGAUAAGCAAGUCUCAGUCUGGAACUGAGAUUAUCGUUGGAUGAGGCUAAACUAGAUGUAUGAAUUAUCUUUCAGAAGCAGCAAGACUGAAUAAGGCUAGAAACAUGGUUUUUAUUGACUGUUCAUGUUAACUAGCUGUACUUUUGUUGAAAAAGAAAUCAGCAGUAACUUGGAUUUACCAUUAAUACCAUAUAGUUGACCCAUUUCAUUCUGAUUUCUUGAGAUAUAACUUUAACUUUGCUAAACAGUGAUGGAGAAACACAGUUUAUAGCCUUAUUGCUUUUUAACCCCAUAUUUGUAUAUUAUUAUUUCAGUUUGUGUUGUAUUUAAAGUCAUUUGUUUUUAAUUUAAUUUUUUUUGAGCAAGAAACUGCCAGUUCUUUUUAAUUGAUGCUCCAUUUAAUAAGUUGAUCAAAUUGUCAGUGGAGCACUGGUAGUCUCGCUGCAGCAUUUCUGAUAAUCUGUCCUUAAAAAUUCAUCCCAAGUGUUUGGGAAAACUAAAUAUGCAUUCAUACUGCGCUAAAAGCAGAAAUGUGUUGUCUCACAGUCUGCUUCAGGAAACUUACAAACAGGAGCUUACAAAAAUUUACCAGCUGGUGAAAUAAAUAUAAACUUUCCCAUAGUCUGCUUAAGAAAACAUACAGACAGGAACUGCAGAUAAUUUACUAGUUAGUGAAGUAAAGGUAAAAUGCUCUUAUUUCCUUUUCCUUUACUGUGUCGCUGUUUAGUGUUCAAUCUUGAAUGACAUUCAUAGCGCUUAUAAUUUCAUUGAGAUAAGUGGUAUUUGAAGGGAUUAUGUUAAGAGCGGUACAACUGAGCUUGUUUGUCUAGCUUUCAUUCUUCACUGAUUGAAGACCUUUGUUUGCCUGCAAGUUAACUAGCUUGAAUUUUUUGAUCUAUAGUGGGCGGCUGUAGCAUAACAUGAAUAUAAUUUAUGUAUUUAUAUGGGUUAAAAAUGAAGAUUAAUGUUUAUUAACAGCAUUGUGGUUUACACAGAGUUGGUUAAAUGUAGUAUGAUAUCUGCAGGUGGAAUUCGUUGACUUUUAUGAUUAUACUGUUGAUUAAAAGGGCCAGUAUUGCCCUAGAACAUUGCAAGGUAACCUUUAGUGAAUGUUAGAAAACACUUAAAUUCACAAUAAAUUUUUUGCCCUUGUUUGCCCCCCCCCCCCCAAGCUUUUAAACCCAUGGAUUGUAUACUUUAUUUACUAGCAAAGCCAGAUGGCUGAAAUGUGGAUUGUACUGUGGCAUUAAACAUUAGUUGUCCAUAUACAACAGUGGGAUUUUCAGAGCUUACAUAGCAGUGCAUCUUGAAAUUAGUUUGCUAUUUUUCAGAAUGUUUUGAUUCAGCUGCUUCGCUAUACAUGGGUUGCCUUGCUGCUUUGAGGGCCAUGGCUCAGUUGGAGCAGCUUUUUUUUCCCUCAAGUUUUCACAAAACCAUUAGUACCUCCAUGGAUCCUUUACAUUGCAGGUGGCUUCUGCUCUGUGCUAAAUUUUAAUUGUCCAUGUCACUGGAGUGCACACAGCAGCAUUUGUAGGCAAUGUGACAGGUGCAGGGAUGCAGUUCAAAUUCAUUAUCUCUUGCUCAUUUCCCACUUCAUGCAUUGAAAGAAGCUUAUAUUGGAAGAAAUCAAUUAGAGGUACAGAUACAGAGCCGAAGUUUAGGGCUCAAGUCUUAGAGGAUGGAUGGGCCUUGUUAACAGCCAAAGUAGAAUGUACUUCACUUAAGAUACCAGAACUGCAGUACAGUAGUUUGAAUAUCCUCCCACCUCCAUUAAAAAUCCCUCACCUGUCCUCAUUUAAUAAUUCUGUGUUCUGGUGUUUUCCUAUGAUUGUUUCUAAGCAGGUACAGUGUAACAUUGAAAUAUUAACACAGUUUACUGUGAGGAGGAUGCCUAAUAAAGGCUAUUGGAUGUGUCAA